GCGGCGCCGUUGCCGUGGCGACGCACCGCCGCGUUGCUCCCCCCCCCGCCUCCUGCGGCCUUCUCCUCCUCUGCUCCCCCGUGCCCUCCCGGUGCGCCGCCGGUCGCUAUGGAGACGUCGCAGCUCCGCGGGACACCGGGCCGCGGCGGGAGCUCGGCGGCGGCGGGCGGAGCCCGGUACAGCCCGGCGACCCGGGAGUUGCUGAGAGUGAUGAUGGAGGAGUCAAAGCUGACGCACUUCCAGAGGCGGUAUCUGAUGGACUGCGUGAACCGAGGAGAUACCCUGCCGCUCCAGUGCCGCCCUGCAUCCAGCAAAGAGCCAGCACCUCCUUUCUCCCCAGCAGUUUGUCAGCUGGUCAGGCUUUCAGCUAAACCACAUCUCCGCCCUGCCAAGGUCUGCCAGGCAGGAGAUGCCUACACGCGAGAGAAAUUCAGGCCACAGGCAAGGCGAGAUUUGGAAAAGGAGAAGCAAAGGCUCCAAAACAUCUUAGCAACAGGGAAGGAUGUGGUGGAGUGCAACGUGAAGCAGACACUGGUUCAGACAAAGGAAGAGGAGAUACCUGAGCCUGACCGGUUUGAAGAACUGGUGAAUGAAGUUCAGGAGAGGAAGGAGUUCCUGGCAGAGAUGGAAGCUCUGGGACAGGGCAAGAAGUAUCAAAGUAUUGUCCUCACUGAAAUCUCACAGAAAAUGCGUGAGAUGGAGCUCAUUGACAAGAAGAGAAGUGAGGAAAUGAGAGACAUCGUGACAAAAGACUUCCCUAGUGGGAAGUCUCUUUUCCCUGGUAGGAAAUCUGAUCCCCCGGACUAGGCCAAGGGAAAAACACAAGUGCAAUUUGUUCCCACCUCGUUCUUUCCAGCCUCUUGGCAUCAGAGUCUGGAGGGCUGCUCUGUGCCGGUGCCCAAAGAGGGGGCAGCACCACCUGUUGCCUAAAGCCAGCAGGCAGGAGCAAUUUGUACACAAGCAGGAGAAGCAAGCUGUUGUAAAAUCCUACCCACGCGCUGGAUCCCUUCUUGCUCAAUGAUAUUAAAUAGAUGAAAACACA